GACCUUUCAUGUUCUACUAUUUCCUCGGGAGUCACGUGGUUCUACGUACACGCUCCCGCGUUUGAACCUUCCCUCCCUUCUGUCGUCCUCCUCCAGCAAGACGCGUUGCCAUCACAAACCUCAGAAAAAUGGCGUCGGCAUUUCUUUUUAUUGCUCGACCCCGGCGUUCAUUUAUUUCUGAUCCGCGAUCGGAAUUCCUUGAUUUCAGCCACUUAUUAUCAUUCCCAAAGCGCUCUCUGUUAAGGCCUGAACCACAUAUCUGCAUUGCUCCAGUUGAUCUUGGCCAAACUGCUUAGCUUAAUAGAAAGGGGCGAAUUGUAUGUCAUUAUACGUAGUAUCAAUGUGUGUGAUUAUUUUGAAUGUAGAGACCAAAGGAAUGCGGAAACAUGUGCAACUUGUGCACCUCGAAACAACUUAGGGGGAGUUUGAUUUUCUGAAUGUGAGGUAGCGGAGGUAAUAUACCAUCAUUAUAUUACAUCCCUCGGGUUUGGAUCACAACUAUUCUAUUUAGAGUUCUAAAAAGCGUCCAUUAAGCAGGCUCACGGCAACAGGUUUUGGCCUAGCAUAAGGUUUUGUGCUGUGAUGGCCCAUGGAGGGAUGAGUUGUCUUAUGGAGAGAUAUGAAUUAGGAAGGCUACUUGGCCAAGGUGCGUUUGCUAAGGUAUACUAUGCCAGGAGCAUCAUAACCGGACAAAGUGUUGCCAUUAAAGUCAUUGACAAGGAAAAGGUUUUGAAGGUUGGAUUGACAGAUCAAAUCAAACGGGAGAUAUCCGUUAUGAGGCUUGUGAGGCAUCCUAACAUCAUUUUACUCUAUGAAGUCAUGGCCACCAAAACCAAGAUUUAUUUCGUGAUUGAAUUAGCCAAAGGUGGUGAGCUUUUCAACAAGCUGGCUAAAGGAAGGUUAAAAGAAGAUGUUGCACGGAAAUAUUUUCAUCAGUUGUUAAACGCGGUUGACUUUUGUCAUAGUCAAGGGGUCUAUCAUCGUGACUUGAAACCCGAAAAUUUACUCUUAGACGAAGAUGGAAACAUGAAAGUCUCUGAUUUUGGUUUGAGUGCUCUUGCUGAAUCGAAGCGCCAAGACGGGCUUCUUCAUACCACAUGUGGGACACCUGCCUAUGUGGCGCCUGAGGUCAUCAACAUGAAAGGGUAUGAUGGCGCGAAAUCAGAUAUAUGGUCAUGUGGGGUCAUCUUAUACGUGAUGUUAGCCGGGUAUCUUCCAUUUCAUGAAUCAAAUUUGAUGAAAAUGUACAGAAAGAUUGGAAAAGCCGAUUUCCGAUGCCCGAAUUGGUUCCAACCAGAGCUUCGGAGGCUACUUUUGAGAAUGUUGGAUCCUAACCCCUCUACUAGAAUUUCUAUUGCUAGAAUUCGAGAGCAUCAAUGGGUUAAAAGGGGAAUGAAAUCUCAAUUUGAUCAUGCUAGAUAUGAAAAACAAGAAUCACUGAGAGUAUUGAGUUUCAAUGCAUUUGAUUUAAUCUCUAUUUAUUCUGGCUUUGACUUGUCAAGGUUAUUUCAAGAAACUUGUUUGGAGAAAGUGUACUAUAUCACUUCCUCAAAACCUCCAUCCACCAUCAUAAACAAACUGGAAGACAUUGCAAAAAGUCUGAAGCUGAAUUUGACCAAAAGAGAUGCAGGAGUUUUGAGGUUUGAAGGAGCCAAGGAAGGAAGAAAGGGGACAUUGUCCAUUGAUGCAGAAAUCUUUGAGCUCACUCCUGCUAUUCAUUUGGUGGAGUUAAAGAAAUCCAACGGGGAUUUGCUAGAAUAUGAUCAGAUAAUAAAUGAUGGCAUAAAACCUGUACUAGAAGACAUUGUAUGGGCCCCACAGCAACUGAAACUGGCCACAAUGGAAUAAAACCUUGAUUCUAAUACAAUUACGGAAAUUCAAUUAAAUGCACACACCUUGUAUAUUGUUAUGGGCCACCGUCACUAAUUUGUGUUUUUUUAUUUACCAUAAUUUUUCUUGAGCUAUCCUAGGUAAGUAGGUGUUCUUGCCGGGUUUAGAGUUGGAAAUCAUUGUCAUCUUUAACAAACGCUGAUUGUUUGUACAGGUUAUAUAUUUUUGUAGAAUUAUCUAAUCCUUCAGUGAUAAACCAUUGCCCUCUUAAAUGUGCAAUGGAAGGAAUUUCAUUUCUCCAAUAAUUCGAGUGCAUUAACACAC